AUGUCGUUCUUUACUUCCAAAUUUGCUGUGACUUUGGUCACCUCGGCUUUUUUGACAAUUACUCCUAUCAAUGCACAGCUCUACAACAAAACAAUACAAACCACUUUGGGUCCUGUUCAAGGAUACAAGUAUUUCACAGCCAAUGUCAGUGAAGAAUACUUCGGUGUUUCUUCCAGUAAUGUCGCCGCCUUCUUAGAUAUUCCUUAUGCCGCUGAUACUGGCUACCAAAACCGAUGGAAGCCAGCCCAACCUAGAGAGUUAUGGAACGAAACUUUACAAGCUACCAGCUUCGGCCCUGCUUGUCCUACCAGCGCUUCAACAGGCUAUGUGAGCGAGGAUUGUUUAAGUCUAAUAUCUGGACUAACGCAAACUCUUCCAGUGACAAGCUCCCAGUCUUGCUUUGGAAUCAGGGUUCUGAGGAGACGAGUGACAAUUCUUGGUGGUAUGGUGGCGGAAUGGCCAGUAAGUUCUCUACAAUUGACACGAGCUAAGAUUCAAAUUCGAGCAAACUUUCUAUAUCUGAAAAAUUUCCAGAUAGUGGUAGAGGUCGAGUUUCAUUGCUUUGAAAAUGUUGUCAUGGUCACAUUCAAUCGUCGUGACGAUGUUCUGGGUUAUCUCGCCACUCCUGAACUCAAUGCAGAGGGUCUCGCUACCACCGGUUACAACACUUCCGGCAACUACGGCUGGAUCGAAAACAACAUUGCCAACUUUGGUGGUGACCCAGACAGUGUUACAAUUGCGGGUGAAUCUUUCGGUUCAUCACAAGUUUACCAUGCAGUCAACAGUCCACUUUUUACUGGUUACUUCCACCGCGGUAUCUCCCAGUCCGGUAUUAGAUAUCCAUAUGAUACACUCCUUGCCGGUCUAGCUACUUCUUACAUCACUAUGGAGAGAGCGUUAGCCUUCGGUGUGAACUACACAGCUGCUCAAAACGUUAGUACUCUUGCGGAACUCCGUGAACUGCCUCUGUCAGAUGUCAUCCAAGGAUCCAAUGAUCGAGACUCUAGGAUCUGGUAUAUUACUGCUUUGCUAUGCAACGACCCCCUUAUCUUCAAGCCUGUCCUCGAUGGUUACGUUCUCCCGAUGAAAUACUUGGAUCAACUCAUCGCAGGUCCCGCCAACGAUGUCCCAAUUAUCACCGGAAACACCAAAGACGAGAGCGGUGCCUCUACAUCCCUUACCCUAUAUAAUCUCACCGAAUACCAAGAAUACAACGCUCUCCGAUGGGGCAAUCUCUCCGACGAAUACUUCAAACUUUACCCUGCAGAUGGCAAUGUUACUCUGGCAAACAUGGCUUGGAACGCCGCUCAAAGAGAUGUCUCGCUUGUCAGCAGUUGGGCUUAUGCAAACAAGUGGAUUGAGUCUGCCGCAAGCCCAAUCUACACCUACUACUGGGACCAUGCUCCACCGGGACAGGAUCAGGGUGCUUUCCAUCAAAGUGAAAUUAUGUACGCAUUGAAUGCACUAUACGCCAAUACUGACAAAUAUCCUUUCACUGAUGAAGAUUACUACAUCGGCGAGUUGAUGACUGGCUACUGGGUUAACUUUAUUAGAACUGGUAACCCUAACACCGGUGGAGCGUACACUAAUGAUACUUUGCCCCAUUGGUAUCCUAACGAUGGUACGUCCAACUACGUCAUGGAGUUAGGUGAUGAGUGGGGUAACCAUACUGUUUCUCCGACUGCCAAUGUUGAUCUAAUUAUGAGCUAUUUUGGACAACAAAAAACGAUUUACAUUCAUUAUUCUAAUUCAAUUCGACAAUUGAAUGAAUCUCAAUAG